AUGUCCGGACAAGACCCAGAUCCAGCCGAGACAACACCGCUCAUUGUCCCCGGCACCGCAACGAUCCUCUGCCACGGCGAAACCAAGAGGCGACGGCAUCGCGAUAUCAAUGGCGCCCAAAUCACCAUAUCGAACAUGACCACGCAUGACGCUUUUCUCGGCCUCGAAAACCUGCAGAAUGGGGAUCAAGAAUGGCUGUGUGGAUCCGCCGUCGACGUUCCAAUCGAGUUCCGCUACCGGCAACAACCCCUCGAAGUGCAGGGUAUGAUCAACCUGUUCACCACGAGUGCAGGCGAGGGCCUCUUUCACCGACUUCAAGACAAGGCAGGCGAAGUCUCCCCCUUGGAUUCGACCCGCUUCUUUAUCCUGUUGGACGGCUUCAAGAGUCGCGAGUUCACCUUUUGGCCCAUCAACACGGGAACACACUGGGUAGCCGUGGUACUCCAGAUGGGCAAGACCGACGCCAGGAGUCUGCACUUUGACCGUGUCGACUGCAUCACUGUCGCGGAUCCGGAGCGCGACAUGUAUAGGAACUAUGGCGUGCACAACCGGAUUUGGCGUUUGCUCCAAUCGUGCGACUUUGCCACGAGCGACUCGCAACUUUUCAGAAACUUUUGGAUUACAAAACAACAGGAUGAUUGGAGCUGCGGGUUGCGGUGCUAUGCCAUUUUCUACGAGCUCAUGCAAAAGAUGACGAAGUUGCGUCUCCAAGGACAGGGCUUUGAGAGCUCCUUGAAAGAGCCCGUGUGUGAAUGGUUUCAUGCACAGUCGGUACGAGAGGAGAUGGCCGGCCUCUGCGCUGCCAUGCUCGCUCGCGAGCUGGGAAACGGCGCCCGUAUCGCAGUCGAGUUGCUGGAAGAAGUCGAAAAGCCGGGCGCAGAGCUGGUGCAAGAGGCCCCCGACCAACUAGCUAUCCCCAUGAGAUUCGCGUCGCCCCAACAUAGUGCCAUCGUCGAGAGGCACCAAGGAGAGGAAAGGCUCGGGACGCCUCAGGCACAGAAAGACCAGCCCCCAGGCCAAAUAAGGCGUGCCAUUAGCUCGAUUUUGAGAAAAGGGACCCAAUCCCCAACAGUGCGGAAAAGGUCUAUAGCAUCCGAAGUACCUCUAGGGACAAGUCCCAAAAGGGUGAGCUUUUCUUUCUGGGAAGAGGACGACAUAGUAUAA